GCUGGGACACAGCUGGAUCACCAGGACCCGCUGCUCUGGAGCCCCGCGCAGCCGGAUCCCGGAGAGGCUCCCUCGGUGACGGGGCUCUGUGGGCACGGCCUGCUCCAGGAGCUCCGUGCUGGCCCAGGAGCCGAUCCCGAGGGUUUGCCCAUGGAGUAGGCGCUUUUCCGGGCUCCUGGGCACAGCGGGAGGCUGAACGCGGCCGCCCCGACCUCGCCCCGCCCGGGAGCCGCCGCCCUCUGCCAUGAAUGAUGCAUCCACCAUGGAUUAUGAACUGCUCUCGCCGAGCCUGGUGGAGCACCCCGCCGGCGCCGCGGGCAUGGACGCCGAGCAGAAAACUGUCUUUGCCUUCGUCAUCUUCCUCCUGGUGUUCUUGGUGAUGCUGAUGGUGCGCUGCUUCCGCAUCCUGCUGGACCCCUACAGCCGCAUGCCCGCCUCCUCCUGGACGGACCACAAGGAGGGCUUGGAGAGGGGCCAGUUCGACUACGCGCUGGUGUGAGGCUGCCGCGGGCCCAGCCCCGGCUCCGGGCGCUGCCCCCGGCCCCGCUCCUGGGUGUCGCCGCCCCGCGGGGACGCUCCGGGCAGAGCGGGGGCCAUGCUCCGGCCCCGGGGAGGUUUUCUAGGCGUUUCUCUCUUUUCUAAGCACUUCUGGGUUCUCUCCGCUGCCCGCAGGACGCCGGGGGAGGGGGGAGGUUGGACGGGGCUGGGGUUCCGCGAGGAGCCCGCUGCCCCUGGUGCCCUCCGGGCACCGCGGAGGGGCCGGGACGGGGCAUGGCGGGACCUGCCCCCGGCCCGCGGGACCCCUGGGCUGGGCUCUGCCCGGUGCCAGCCCCGAGCUUCGAGCCCCUCCCGCCCCCUCCCCGCGCCCCCCCGGGAGUGCUGCCCGUGGUCCCAGUGCGUGUGUGUGUGCGUGUGUCCUGUAGCUGAGCUCUGUCCGUCCGGGGUUUCUCGGCACCAGCCCCGAGUGCUGGCUUUGUUCCUCGUGUGUGCCGCUCCCCAGCCCCCCCAGAAAAAGGGAGAGACCGGGGGGAGACCCCCGCCCUGUGCAGCCCCCCUGGGCCUCCAGCGCUGUCCCUGCCCGGCUGUGACACCGCGCUGAGCCAGGGACAGUCCUGAGCACCCCCAGCACGCCUGGGGACACCCGGAGGGACCCAGGGUCCCGAAAAACCCUCGGGAGAGGCUCUGGGGCAGCUCCCAGUGCUCCCAGUCCCUGUUGGAUUGGGAUCCCAGUGCUCCCAGUUCCUGUUGGAUUGGGAUCCCAGUGCUCCCAGUCCCUGUUGGAUUGGGAUCCCAGUGCUCCCAGUCCCUGUUGGAUUGGGAUCCCAGUGCUCCCAGUCCCUGCUGAGAUUGGGAUCCCAGUGCUCCCAGUCCCUGCAGGGAUGGGAUCCCAGUGCUCCCAGUCCCUGCAGGGGCGGGAUCCCAGUGCUCCCAGUCCCUGCAGGGGUGGGAUCCCAGUGCUCCCAGUCCCUGCAGGGGUGGGAUCCCAGUGCUCCCAGUCCCUGUUGGAUUGGGAUCCCAGUGCUCCCAGUUCCUGUUGGAUUGGGAUCCCAGUGCUCCCAGUCCCUGCAGGGGUGGGAUCCCAGUGCUCCCAGUCCCUGUUGGAUUGGGAUCCCAGUGCUCCCAGUCCCUGCUGGGAUGGGAUCCCAGUGCUCCCAGUCCCUGCUGAGAUUGGGAUCCCAGUGCUCCCAGUCCCUGCAGGGGCGGGAUCCCAGUGCUCCCAGUCCCUGCAGGGGUGGGAUCCCAGUGCUCCCAGUCCCUGUUGGAUUGGGAUCCCAGUGCUCCCAGUCCCUGCAGGGGUGGGAUCCCAGUGCUCCCAGUCCCUGCUGGAUUGGGAUCCCAGUGCUCCCAGUCCCUGCUGGGAUGGGAUCCCAGUGCUCCCAGUCCCUGUUGGAUUGGGAUCCCAGUGCUCCCAGUCCCUGCAGGGGUGGGAUCCCAGUGCUCCCAGUCCCUGCAGGGGUGGGAUCCCAGUGCUCCCAGUCCCUGUUGGAUUGGGAUCCCAGUGCUCCCAGUCCCUGCUGGAUUGGGAUCCCAGUGCUCCCAGUCCCUGCUGGGGUGGGAUCCCAGUGCUCCCAGUCCCUGCAGGGGUGGGAUCCCAGUGCUCCCAGUCCCUGCUGGGGUGGGAUCCCAGUGCUCCCAGUCCCUGCUGGGGUGGGAUCCCAGUGCUCCCAGUCCCUGCAGGGGUGCGAUCCCCGUGCCCUCUGGUGUCCGCCUCUCCAAGCGCUCCGGAGCUGGCCCGGUGGCGAGCGGGGGAGCCGCCGGUGGCCACAGGGCUCCCCCAGGCCGUGGUGGGCGGCGGGAGGGUUUGAGCGAAGGGAUUUGAGCCCGGGGGGGGGGAAGAACCUCGCCCCCCGUCCAUGGAAAUAAAGCCGCACCGUGCCGACCCCA